UGUCAAAAGUGGCCAAAUAUCGACCAUGUGUUGCAAAAUAUGUCACAUCAAAUCACUGUCUUUUGUUUAUAAAUUAAUAUAGCUGAAAGCCCUGUCGCCUUCAACAGCCAUGGUUUACCUGGGAGCCCUUGUGUUGUUUCUUCUAUACGGCGUUAACAAUUCAACAAAGGUUUGUACGAAACAGAGUAAUUAUCAUUUCCUUCAUCGUGGCAUGAAACUUCCUGGUAAAGACUUUGUCCAUGUUACGACAGAGGGCGUCGUUACAUGUGCACGAACAUGCUUGAUCACUGGCAUGUGCAAGUCCUUCAACUUUAACACCAACAAUGGUCAGUGUGAGCUGAACUAUGCCACGCUCACAGCUGGAGGUCUGAAUGUCAGUCAUCUGGUCGCUGCUGCUGGUUUGGUCUUCUCGGACAUCGCACACUGGCCACAGAAACUUUCUGGCGCAUGUGCAUAUCACAACUGUACAGUCAACACCUACUGUAAAACCCUGGACAACAAGAAGAGUAUUUGCAGUCGUUAUGUCAUACCAACAUCGUGUGCAGAAGUUAAAGCAUGUGAACCCUCCAGUACAGAUGGAGAGUACUGGCUACGUCUGUUGAACUUUGACCUGUACAGAACCCGGAUCUACUGUCACAACAUGAGCACAGCCAAUCCCGUGGAGUUCCUGACACUUCCUACUCCUAACUAUGGCGUUUUCCCCAAUGUUUCUAAUGCGAAAUGUAAUGGAGAGACACCCCUGGUAGGCAACUGUGUUGGCAACUCAGGAGAAAUAUGGUACAACAAAAUCAGAGUCGCAAUCCAGACUAUGGAUGUUGUGCGCAGUGACACCGCAUUUGCUGUCUUCACCAACCUACAAGCUGAUUACGCCCAAGCUAUGGACUGCUACUCUAUACACCACAAUGGUGUCAGUCCUUGUGGAACCAAGGGCGAGUUUAUCGUGAAUCUAUUAGGCACAGGAUGGGUAACGAAAGCAGAUCAACAAUGGAAAACCGAUGGUUGGAUGUCUGUAAUCGAGUCAGUAACUCCAGACGACACUGGAUCUGUUGUUCGUAUCAAGUGCGGGGGCCUUGCGGGUUUUUGUCACCCAGAUGGACCCAUGAUAUUGAAGCCAUAUCCAGAAGAAGAUACUUCCUCAAUCCAAGGAACAGAAGUGAGGUGUUUACAGUGAUGCUGCAGGCUUCAUCAAAAUAAACAACAUACCAUGGCCAGAUGGCGGUCUACACCCUGAAGAAGGAGUGAAUUAUCAGAACCACAACUAUACUACAUAACUUAACUGAGGAGACAGUGCAUACUGUUUUACAAUUAUUUGUUUAAGAUUGAUGUAUGUGUACAAUAAAUGCCAACACCUCACAAAACGAAAAAAGAAGGGAAAUUAAAAUAAAGCUUUUGGACGAAAUACGUUCGAUAUGCCUCUGUGUGGAUUUCGUUAUAAGAUACAAACUGAGUAUUAACAAAACAGUAAAUCAAAACCAACCGCUUUCCUAAAUAAAUGAGGCCUUUCAGUAAUAAUGCGUUGUUUCUGUUGGAUAUAUGUUUUAAGGUGUAUAGUAUUUUCGAAUAUAACUUUGUUUGACUGAGCCAUGUCGGCUUGAUUUCUGUUGAUGUACCAUGCAGUUGGAAUGGCAAUCUAAACACUGAAUUCGUCAUUCACAUUUCUAUCCAAACUGUGGUGCUCUUUAAUGUGACAUUUAUACCAGGACGGAGAAAGUGCAACCAGUAUUGAUUUAACACUGCGUGGAAUGUUCAAAUUAACAGAGGACUAAAAGCAAGCGGUGACUUUCAAUCAAGGGUUCAUCACUCCAAUGUGCCCAAAGGUUAAAAGUAUUCAGUUCGUUAUGACAUAUCACUUUGUUCA